ACUUAUCUUUGUUAAAUGUUUUGCUCGAAAUUUGUUUGAAGCUAUAUUUCUUCAAAUUACUGUUUGGCUUGCCUUGAUAUAUUGUUAAAUAAUGCAUAUUAGUGGGGCUAAACUUUGCUGAGUUAUUCUACUUACAUUUAAAUUUGUAUUAACCUAAUGUAAGCAAAAGAAAGAGUUUAAGAAAGAAAAAAACGCAAAGAAAGUAGGCUACUUACGUUUCAUGGCCCCUGAACGGUUAAGCUAAAAAAAAAAAAACACUUCCUAUGCAACUGUAGGUUAUUUAAUUAUGACCUGAAAUACAGUAAAAACCAUGAAAAUUAAUAAAUGUUGUACUUUUAAACAUUAUACCACAUCUACACGCUCGCGACCGUACUAGAUCGCUUCUACAGUAAACAUCUGAGGCGCGCGACACAUUCCAGGAACAUUCCGGUUUUGUCGCUCGCGAGCUCCGUGGCUCCGCCCGAUGUCAGGUGCACCUCUCCUCGAGAGAGAGGACGAAACUUGCGCUCACUGUCCUCAGUCAAAUCACUUCAUCUCACUCUCACGACAACAAAGAAUCACCGCAGGUGAAAGUAACCUACUCAGUUUAACUCACCUGGACGGAUAUAUAUAUAUGAUGGAUUUGAUCUAAAACAUUUUGUAGGCUAACAGGAGCUGAGAGCAACAGCAGACAGGAUGAGUUGGGGAGCACUUUAUGCCCAGCUGGGAGGGGUCAAUAAACACUCCACCAGCCUGGGAAAGAUCUGGCUGUCUGUCCUCUUCAUCUUCCGCAUUAGCAUCCUUGUAAUAGCCGCCGAAGCGGUCUGGGGGGAUGAGCAGUCCGACUUCACCUGUAACACACAACAGCCAGGCUGCAAAAACGUCUGCUAUGACCACUUCUUUCCAGUCUCACACAUCCGUUUCUGGUGCCUGCAGCUCAUCUUUGUGUCUACACCGGCUUUGCUGGUGGCUAUGCAUGUGGCAUAUCACAAACACAAUGUAAAGAAGGGACUUCUGGCCAACCGAGGUGGCGGUGUCAAAGGGGAGGACCUGAAGAGCUUGAAGAAGAGGCGUCUACCCAUCACUGGGGCACUGUGGUGGACCUACACCUCAAGCCUGUUCUUCAGGCUCCUUUUCGAGGCUGGAUUCAUGUACGCUCUGUAUUAUGUCUACGAUGGGUUUCAGAUGGCUCGUCUUGUGAAGUGUGAGCAGUGGCCCUGUCCCAAUAAAGUUGACUGCUUUAUCUCACGACCAACAGAGAAGACAGUCUUCACCAUUUUCAUGGUGGGUUCUUCUUCCAUUUGCAUUGUGCUCAAUGUGGCUGAACUGGCCUACCUGAUAGUCAAAGCACUGCUGAGGUGCUCAGCCAGAGCCAGAGGAAGGCGUUCCUUUGUUCACCAAGAUGAAAUGUCCACAGAAAAGGCGCAGUUACAGAAUGAAAAGAAUGCAAAGUUGCUGUCAUCUGCAUCGGACUCUUCAAGCAAUAAGACUGUUUAAGAUUAUCCCUACACCCCGUGACUAAUUCUAUCAACAGGCUUGUAGAUAACAGUGUUUUUACUUUUCUAAUGCCAUUAGAGCAGUGAUUCUCAACUGGUGGGCCUCAGAGCGCUACCUGGUGGGCCGUGUAGGCAGUGAAUCGCCCCAAAUUGAUUUUUAUUUUUUUUUUUAUUGUUCUUAUUAAUUGAAAUGAUCAAAACCACUUAAGUCAAGUCAAGAUGCAUUAUCUUAAAGCUAAUUUAUGUUUAAAUAUUUCAACACCAAUCACGUCACAAUGUCAGAUUGAACGUUUGUUCGAUCACGUGCAGUUAUAUUACGUUAAUGUAAUAUGGAUUGUUUUCAGAAAAGAAAAGCAGAUUUGGGAGACAGACCCAUGCAAGCAAAAUCUUCGAAGUGUGUGGCGAGAAAAUACGACGAAUACAUUAAAUUUGGUUUUAUAAGGGCAGGUGCUGAGAGCUGAGUGUGUUGAAUGUGGAGAAAUUUUGUCAAAUGAGGCUAAAACCAUCAAAGCUGCAGAACAUAGUUGCUUUUACAUAUUUUAUGAUUUUUUUAUGACGACAAAUAGUUAAUAACAUUACUGUAACACUGUACUUUCACCAAAUUCAGUUCACACAUCACUGCUCUCCUGCUGGUUAUACUACAACACUCAUUUUGAAAAGAAUUGCUUUUGUAUGAUUUUUUUUAUGAUUAUUUACUAUAAAAAUAGUCAAGAGCUUCAGUUUUUGGACAAGUCAAUAAUUUCACUGUAACACUGUAAAUAAUCAUAAAAAAAUAAUACAAAAGCCAUUAUUUUCAAAAUAAGUGUUGUACCAGCAGGAGAGCAGUGAUGUGUGAACUGGAUUUGGUGAAAGUACAGUGGGUUAGUCAAUUUAUUAACUAUUUUUUGUAAAAAAAAAAUAAAAAUAAAAUAAUUAAAAUAUGUCAAAGGUAUUAUUUUCAAAAUAAGUUUUAUAGUAUCAGCAGGAGAGCAGUGAUGUGUGAACUGAAAACAAAAAAGGUUCAGAUUGGAAAUAUCUACUGCUCAAGUAUUUGAACAGACAGACAGUCAUUGGUCAGACCUGCCUGCUAUUGUAAGAAUAAAUAGUUACUGAAACCUGCCAAGUCUUUGUUAUACAAGGACAGUUUUCAUCUUUAUAGCUGACUUGACAGUGGCAUAACAGAUUAACAGCAUAGUAUAUCAUUGUACUUUUUUUGUUGUUAUUCUGUGUUCGUACUAUCAUAUUUGGAAAAGUGGUCCUCAGAAUGAUUUUAAACUGUCAUUGGUGGGCAAUGAGCUGCAAAAAGUUGAGAACCUCUGUAUUAGAGCAUUAGAAUUAUGUGUUUUUACCUUGUUUUGAAGCCUGCUUUGAGAAUAUAACUAAGUCACAAAACUGACAGCAGGUUUCAAGCAUGAUUCCAAAGCUGACAUUCCUCCCCAGAGCCAAAAGACAGUUAGGGCAUAUGGCAUAGCAUUGUAUGUAAAAAUGUUGGAGGUUGUUGAAUCUCAUUUUCCACAUUACUAAAGGGCUUGUCACAGUACUAUGUAUUCAAUAGGCAUAAGAAAAGCCCAAGAGUGACUCAUAGUGGUCACAACUACAUAAAUGAAGUUUAGAGACCGUCUUUGCGCAAAAUUGAAUGUCCUUUUUGAGGGAUCAUUUACAAGAUAUUGUAUAUAAAUGCAUAUAAAUGCUUAUUUUUCAUUUUGCAUGAUUGAGUUUUGCUUUGUUUACUUUUUAAACACAAUUUACUCUUUUUGUUAACCAUCAACAGUUUUGACUAGCAAUAGGACCUAUCAUUGAGACUGUAUUUAUAUCAUUGAGAUUGUAUUUGUAUGUUUUCAUUGGUGCUUAUUUUAGUAAAAAAUGUAAAUGUCUUCAACAAUGGCAGAAUUUUGUUUAGUUUUAAAGCCUUUCACAGGGUUACCUUGCAUUAACCCCUUCCGGAGAUUUUAUAUCAGCAUACAGCUGCGUCUAAUUAAUCUGAAGCUGUGAUUAUUUUUGAUAGCCAACUGUUCUUAAAAAUAAAUUUAGUAAUUUUGGCUAACAACUUAUCUUUUAUAUGAAUAUUUUAAUAGAAGGCAAGUAAUUACCAGUAGAGACCAACAGGGUCCAUUACGGUUUCCAGUAAAACCAAGUCCCAUGAUAAACAGUAAAACCAUUACAAAUUUUGUAAUUUGUCUGUUAUGAUCUUGUAGAUUAUGAUCUAUAGCCUGAUGGGCUAAGUAGCCUUAUGAUGUAACCUAUGAACUUUGCAUAAAAAUCUGUCUUUAUAGGCCUACUUAAGUACCAGAUAUGGGUGUCAUAAC